ACAACUUUGCGCGUCCGCGAUAUCCUGACGGGUUUUACAGCGUCUUGAUGGACUAUCAUGGAGCCAACCCCCACAAGAUCGCCAUGGAUGUGGGAACCGGCAGUGGGUUCGUAGCAUUCAAGCUUCUUGAAUACUUUGACAAAGUGGUGGGGACUGACUUGUCGGAAACCAUGGCCGGCGAAGCGCAAAAGAACGCUGUGCCCUCCCAGAACAUUGAGUUUCUAGUGGCUCCGGCCGAAGAGUCACCCAAUGUCAUUGCUCCAAAUUCCUUGGACUUGGUUACCGCAGCGGAGUGCGUCCACUGGAUGGACCAUCCAAAGUUUUUCGCGGAAACCCAUCGUGUCUUGGCCAAGGGUGGCACCCUAGCCUUUUGGUUCUACAAGGACCCAAUCUUCGUUGGCUAUCCAAAGGCCAAUGAGAUUUACAACAAGUACUGCUACAACGACGAGAGAUACAUGGGUCCAAAGUGGCAGCAACCGGGCAGAAACUUCUUGAGAACCUUGAUGGCGGAGGUGCCGGUUCCGGAGGAAUUGUUUGAAAACAUCGUGAGAAACGAGUACGAUCCGGAAAAAGAUGAAAAGACCAAGACGGAGUUGAUCAUCUCCAAGAGAGUUAACAUGGCUGGUUUGAAAGAUUACGUCAGCUCAUGGAGUGCGUACCAUUCCUGGAAGAUUGCUUCGGAAAAUGCGGGCAAGGAGGAUGUAGCUGACUUGUUCAUCCGGGAGUUGAAGGAGGCCAUGGGCUGGGACGACACGUUUGAGUUUGAGAUUUCCUUCAGCACCGCUUACACCUUUGCCACAAAGAAGUAGCACUGCCUCUGCCAAAUCUUAGGAUUUGUUUUAUACAUUGAAUAUUUAUUAGCCAAGGGUUAU